AUGAGUCACAGCUUGAGGCUGUUGACGACGGCGAGGUAUGACUACACUCUGCUGAGCGUAAAAAGUGUUUCAUUUGCAGUCGAGCCACUCUCGACGGAGUCUGCAACACAACUUCUUUUGAAUAUAUCAUCACAUACAAAUUUUUCAGUAGCUUCCUCACUUGCAAACCUUACUGGUAGAGCAGCUUUGGCCAUUAAAAUAGUAGGAGCUUUGUUGAAGGAAGGAGAACUUGCAGACCAACUAGCAAAUGAACUGGCUAUAAAGCCAAUAGAAACUCUGAGUCCAAAAGAAUUUCAGCCAGAAGAUCAAAUAAGAUUGGUCAUUGCUUCUUCAUUUCGACGUCUUUCUAAAUCCUUGACUCGAUGCAUAGCUAUUUUUGCUCAGAUACCCGGAUCUUUUGAUAAAAGCGCUGCUGCUGCUGUUCUUAACGUAACCACUUCUGAAGCUCGGAAGAAAUGCCUGAAACCAAUUGCAAAACGAUGUUUGUUGGAAUUCAAUGAUCAUGUUAAACGAUAUUACAUGCACAAACUGAUCAAAGCAUUUGUUAUAGAAGAACUUGGUGUACGAGGGGAUCGUCAAUUUGUUAGAGAUCGAUUUUUUGUUCAUUAUUUCAGGCGACUUAUUGAUCUUGCUGGAAGAUACAACCAAAAUCCAAGAGAAGUGCUACGAAGCUAUGAUAACGAUCAACAUAAUUUUUACUACGUUCUUUUUUACUUUAUGGAUCCAAGAUUUGCUGUUACUGCUAGCGACAGCGUACGCCAAAGUGUCGUGACUCUUUCUCAGCUAGCAGCUAAUCUGUUCCUUGUUCGUUUGCCUGCUGGUCAACUUUUUCGUUGGUAUCGUGCUGCUCGAGAAUAUGCUGUUCGCUUACCAAGAUCAGACGAGAAGAAUAACAGAAAGUACUGCGAUGUUAUGUUAUUGCUAGUAAGGGCAGCAACAAAAGAAGCAAACAGAAAUUAUAAGAUCACCACUAUACUGGAAGAAGACAGAUAUUUCAUGUUGCAUUGUGAUGUUAACUUAAAAUUGAAAAUUGUUGAACAUAUAUGUCUUAGCCCUUAUGAACUUACUGAUAUUCCAGACGGUGUGCUUGAUUGCUAUAGUACUCACGCUCUGCUUCUAUCACUACCUGUUUUGCAUAUCUCUAACUUUUGGAAUCUCGGCAUUCUUUUUCACAAUCAUAGUCUUGAUUAUGCAGCUUACUUGUGUUUUGUGAAGGCUGGACUUUACUUUGGAAAGAUAGACAAACGAAAGAAAAUGACAUGUCUGAAGUCGGUUGUGGAAGUAUUUGAAAGACAUGAUCAGCACACUAAUAAACCAAUGUUACUUAACUUCCUCGAUAACCUCAAUAAUGAAGAGAUGGCUUCUUCCCGUCAGUCGCAUAAAAUAUUGAUUGAGUUGGGAUCAGCCUAUCAUCGACUGUCAAACUAUGAGUCUGCCAUUCCACCUUUGUUGCAUGCUUAUGAAAUGAUAAAAGAUCUGUUGAAAGAAAACGACGCAGAAAUCUUUCGAGUCUGCUAUUUGCUAGGCAAAGCCUACUUUGCAAUUGAACGUAACGAAAAAGCUGCGAACUAUUUGAACAAAAGUUUAUUGAUUUCGAAAACGUUGUAUGGAAAUGAUCACUCGCAAACGGCUGUGUGUCACGUAAAACUUGCUGACGCUUUGAAAGUACUUAACGUUGACGAAGCUUUGACACAUUGGAUGGAGGCUGCAAGAAUAUAUGAAACCGUUCUUAUUGACGAUCUUGAAGUAUUUUGGAUUUAUAAGAGGAUUGGCGAUUGGCAAUUUCAACACUUUUGUCCAUAUUCGGGAGCAAAGUAUUACUAUAAAGCACAUCGUAUUCUUUAUAAAACAAACGGAACUAAACUACAGCCUGAAACCGUUUCGAGUACUACGACAAGAGAUCUGCAAACAUCGCCGUCUUCGGUUACCGUUUGGACGAACGUUGCUGCUAAAAAUGUAUACGAUUACGUUGACGCGUUGCUAUCAGAAGAUGAACCGUUCAAACAUUUUUACGGUUCUUUAAUAGUUUGGUGUUUAGUUUACUUUCCAGCUUGUUUUCUUCUCCUUUUGGCUUAUAUAGUUGUUAUUAAAUUAUUAUAUAUUAUUAGAACCAAUUGUUUUUACGUUAGGGUUUUACAUUUUAGUUGAUUGCAACGUAAUCGUAACUUUUGAUUAAUGCAUGCGCUUGGUGUACAUGCAUGCAUGUAGAGAUUAUAUGGUAACGAAGAAAGUUUAUACAUACGUAUAUGUACGAUUUAAUUAGAACUGCUGA